GAAUCUGGAAUCUAUCCGGUUCCAGGUUGAGUCAUCCUGACGCAAUGUUUCAUCAGGCAUUCUCUACUCGGCACGCUUUUAACGGUCUAGCUUAACUGCUUGUUCGGUCUUCGCGACGAGUUCACCAGUAUCCCAACAUUCAAGAUCUUUCGGUUGAGGCCAGGCUACCGACUAUAGCAUUGAGAGGUGGCAGCGGACCUGACCUGCCUGCGCUUCGUCUCGGUGGGUAGUUCGUCCAACCUACUGUCUCCUCUUCUGAGCUCCUCUGGCUAUACAGGUUGUUAUUCGCCAUGCCAGCACCUGUUCCCCUUUCGUCUCGUGUGAAAGGCGCCAUCUUCGGGCUCGCCGUGUGCGACGCGUUGGGAGGGCCCGUCGAGUUCAAGCCCCGCGGUUCCUUUGACCGAGUGACGCGGAUGCUGCCAAACGACAACUUUGGCCUCCCGCCGGGCUGUUUCACCGACGACACGUCCAUGACCCUGUGCCUGGCCCAGUCGCUUCUGGAGUGUGGCGGCCAGUCCAAUAUCGUGGACCAGGUCCUGAAGUACAUCUCGUGGUGGCGGCACGGCUACAUGUCGUCCGUCGGCCGGUGCUUCGACAUUGGCGUCUCGACGAGAAGUGCGCUCGAGACGUGGGACAACUUCCUCCAUCUUGUCCACCGCGACUCCUCGCCCCCGGUGGAAGAGACCCAUCGUGCAAUCCUGAAGAAAAUUACCUUCUCCUUCGGCAAGGAUGAAUACUGCGGCAACGGGAGCCUGAUGAGGGUGCUUCCCGCGGCGCUGGUUGCCCCAAGCGAGCCGGAUGCCGUCCAGCUCGCCCACGAGAGCUCGCUGCCCACGCAUCCCCAUCCUCGGUGCGUCCACGCGUGCAUGAUAUACGCUGCCCUGGUACUUCAGACGCUCAACGGCGCUUCGAAGACGGAACUCGCCGUCAGCCUGGCCGAGUCAGUCAGGGAGAUGCCCAGCAACAUCUCCGACACGCCCGUCGAACCCGUGCUCGCGGAGCGGCUGCGAAAGUACCAGACGCUGGAGGACUGGGAAAAGGCGCCAGCCGAAUCGAUCCGGAGCACGGGAUACGUCAUCGACACUCUCGAGGCCUCGCUCUGGGCCUUCUUCAACGCGGAUACCUUCGACGAGGCGGCAACCCUGGCCGUCAACCUGGGAUACGACGCCGACACCGUGGGGGCGAUAUGCGGCGGGCUCGCCGGGGCAUACCAUGGCUACGAAGCCAUUCCGGAGAGUUGGCUGCGCGAGAUGAAGAAGGCAGACCUCCUCGAGGAGGUGGCCCAGAAGAUAGUCGAACACAGGAGCAGAACAAUAUAA